AUGAACACUCUGUCUGAAGCAAACGGCACCUUUGCCAUCCACCUUUUAAAGAUCCUUUGUCAAAACAACCCUUCAAAAAAUGUAUGUUACUCUCCUGUGAGCAUCUCCUCUGCUCUAGCUAUGGUCCUCUUGGGGGCGAAGGGAGACACUGCAGUCCAGAUAUCUCAGACACUUGGUUUAAACACAGACGAAGACAUUCAUCAGCACUUCCAGUGGCUUCUCCAUAUCCUGAACAAGCCCAACAAAAAGUACUUACUUAAAAUGACCAACAGGCUCUUUGCAGAGAAUACUUGUGAAUUCCUCCCAACCUUUAAGGAAUCCUGUCUUCAGUUCUAUCACUCGGAGCUGGAGCAGCUGCCCUUUGCCAAAGAUCCAGAGGAGUCCAGGAAGCACAUAAACACGUGGGUCUCCAAGCAGACUAAAGGGAAAAUUCUGGAGUUGCUGUCAAGAGACUCAGUUAAUUCAGAAACCAGGCUGGUUCUUGUCAAUGCCUUGUACUUCAAAGGGAGGUGGCGGCGACAGUUUAACCUAGAUUCCACAAGGGAAAUGCCCUUUAAAAUAAACCAGCGGGAGGAAGGAACAGUGCAGAUGAUGUGUCAGAAAGACACAUUUAACCACGCCUAUGUGGAUGAGGUCCAGGCACAGGUGCUGGAGAUGCCCUAUAAAGGCAAGGAGCUGAGCUUGGUGAUUCUGCUUCCGGAUGAUGGUGUGGACCUCAGCAAGGUGGAAAACAGUCUUACUUUUGAGAAAUUAACGGCCUGGACCAAUCCAAUCAUUAUGAAGAGCACUAAAGUUUUUGUUUUGCUUCCAAAAUUUAAGCUGCAAGAUGAUUAUGACAUGAAGUCCGUGUUUCAGCACUUGGGAAUGGUGGAUGUCUUCCAAGGCGACAAGGCUGACUUAUCAGGAAUGUCUCCAAAGACAGACCUGUGUGUGUCCAAGUUUGUACACAAGAGUGUUGUGGAGGUCAGUGAAGACGGCAUGGCUGCAGCAACCUCGGUCAAAGUAAUUAGGCCAGUGUUGUGUCUGGGAGACACUGUCCCAGUUUUCUGUGUGGACCGUCCCUUCUUGUUCUUCAUCAAGCACAAGAAAACCAAUAGCCUCUUGUUUUGUGGCAGGUUUGCAUACCCUGUUGUAUUUAGGAGACAAACAAAUUCCACAAGCUAA